AUGGCUCCCUCCGUCAUGAUUGACGAGAUCGCGCCUAUGCAUCUACCCGUUCACUCUAAAUCUUCUAUGAUCAAUGCAUCCGUCCUGCAUGGACCACGGGACCUGCGAUUGGAAACCCGCAGUAUCGAGGAUCCGGCCCUUGGUGAACUUCAGAUUGAGGUCAAGGCUACCGGGAUAUGCGGCUCUGAUGUUUCUUACUACAAAAAGUUUGCCAACGGUGACCUCUGUGCUUGUGCGCCACUGUCACUUGGCCAUGAGUCGUCUGGUAUCGUUGUGGCCAUUGGGCCCCAGGUGAGCGGGUUCAAGCUCGGCGAUAGAGUAGCACUCGAGGUUGGACUUCCUUGCGGGCAGUGUUCCAUCUGCCGGAAAGGAAGGUAUAACCUUUGCAAGAAGAUGAGAUUCAGGAGCAGUGCCAAGAGUGUUCCUCAUUUUCAGGGCACUCUGCAGGAAAGGAUCAACCAUCCCGCCAUCUGGUGCCACAAAUUGCCAGACCAUGUGUCUCUCGAAGCAGCCGCUCUUCUUGAGCCAUUGUCUGUUGCUAUACACGCAGUCAACCGUGCUGCCCCAACUCCUGGCUCGACAGCUCUUGUGAUGGGAGCUGGCACUGUGGGACUUCUCACUGCAGCAAUGGCGCGACGCUCUGGCUGUACUUCAGUGACCAUUACGGAUGUUGAUGCAGGUCGAGUAGAUUAUGCCGUUAAACGCGGCUUUGCCACGCAUGGCUACGUUGUGGCGCGUCCCUUUCACAGCUCGUCCAGUUGCUCUUCCUUCGCCACUCACUCGGGGACUACGACACCGCCCGACCUCGGCGUCAUGACCCCGGGCAGUAUAUACUCGGACUCUAUUGAGGGACGCUUUGAAAGUGCCAAAGCCUUGGCUGCGGACGUUCUCGCCUUGACAGCACCACCGCCCGGCCUAGAGGACGAAGACGAAGACGAUGGCGUCGACAUCACCUUUGAGUGCACGGGAAAGGAGACGUGCAUGCAUACUUGUCUCUACGCUACGCGACCAGGAGGAAAACUCAUCAUGGUCGGCAUGGGCACGCCCAUUCAGACGCUGCCUAUGUCUGCCGCCCACCUCCGCGAGGUGGACAUUCUUGGCAUCUUCCGCUACGCCAACACCUAUCCCACGGGCAUCAGACUGCUAUGCAGUCAAGGUCAAGUUGGUGCUGCAUAUAAUCUUCCAAGCUUGGAUGACAUGGUGACGCACCGGUUCAAGGGCCUGGAUGCUGCCAAGGGUGCUUUCGAGCUGGCAAGCCGGACCGUCGACGAUGACGGCAACCUGGUUCUCAAGGUUGUCAUCGAAGUAUAA